AUGCCCUCAUGGCUGCCAUCAAUUCCUUACCCUCCCCCGGACCAGCCGGGUUAUUGGCAUCCGGUCACCUCGACUCUACAAUGGUGUGAAGAGGACUACUAUGCGACAUACUAUUCCGCCGAGAUCAUCAACACCUUGACGAAUCUUAUGUUCAUCUACCUUGCAUACAAAGGCGUCAAGAGUUGUAGGAAGCAAGGCCAUGACACUGUGUUCGAGGUCGCAUACUUUGGCUACUUCCUUGUCGGUUUUGGUAGCUUUAUGUUCCACACAACCUUGAAAUACCCAUGGCAACUAGUCGACGAAUUGAACAUGAUUUACACGACUUGCCUGAUGGCCUAUGCGAGUUUGUCGUAUUCCCGCCCAGCAAACCACCAACUUGCCCUGGGCAUCUUUCUCCUCAUCUUUUGCGCCGCGAUUACUUUGUACUACCACUACCUGCAAGACCCGGUCUUCCAUCAAACGGUCUAUGCCUUCCUCACCUUGUUCAUCGUUUUGCGAAGCUGUUACAGCAUGGAGUUCAGUCUGCGACCAUCUCUGCGGCAGAGUGAGGAGAAACAUCGUUUAGAAAGAGCAAGGAAGGGUCUGCCGGUGAUGACAAAAGAAGAACAAGAGUACGAGAAUAAGCGAGAUAUGGAGAUUCUCCGAACCAUGUGGUUCUUCGUUGUCUUCGGCGUCUCCAUUUUCUUGGGCGGAUUUGGCAUCUGGAACCUGGACAACCAGUACUGUUCGACUCUACGUGAAUGGCGUCGAGAACUAGGUAUGCCCUGGGGUUUCUUCCUCGAAGGUCACGGCUGGUGGCACCUGAUGACCGGGAUCGGCGCAUAUUUUUACAUUCUCUGGGCCAUCCAUCUGCGACACGUCCUCAAUGGCGACCAAGAACAUUUCCGCCUGGUCUGGGAUAGAUUCUAUCAGCUGCCAGAAGUCGUCAGAAUCUCGGAUCCUCCCAAGAAGGAAGAUGCAAAUGGAGCCGUCAAUGGCAGUCUGGCGAACGGUCAUGCAAAGGGAGACGCCAAGAAAACGAAAUGA